GGUGCUAACGGUACUUAGAAACGCAGCCCUCUGUCCCAGCUGGAGCACUGAGCACUCUGUGAUUCCUGGAGGUGCUGCUGCUCCGGGAAGAAGCUGUCCUCAGAAGCUGCCCUGUCCUCCCAGCAGCGACCGCCGGGGGGCUGCAUGCAAGUCCCCGACGUUCUGGAAACAAUGGGGAUUGGCAAGAACACCACCUCCAAGUCGGUGGAGGCAGGAGGCUCCACGGAAGGCAAAUACGAGGAUGAACCCAAGCACCCCACGUUCUUCACCCUGCCUGUCGUGAUAAAUGGUGGAGCAACAUCCAGCGGUGAUCAGGAUACAGAGGACACUGAGCUGAUGGCCAUCUAUACUACAGAAAAUGGCAUAGCAGAGAAGAGCUCUCUGGCGGAGACGCUGGACAGCAGCGGCAGUCUAGACGCACAGAGAACUGACAUGAUUUACACCAUUGAAGAUGUUCCUCCUUGGUACCUCUGCAUAUUUUUGGGGUUACAGCAUUACUUAACGUGUUUCAGUGGAACUAUAGCAGUGCCCUUUUUGCUAGCUGAUGCCAUGUGUGUGGGAUUUGACCAGUGGGCUACCAGCCAGUUGAUUGGGACCAUUUUCUUCUGCGUGGGCAUCACUACAUUGUUACAAACAACUUUUGGGUGCAGGUUACCCUUGUUUCAAGCGAGUGCUUUUGCAUUCUUAGCACCUGCUAGAGCAAUACUCUCCCUGGAGAAGUGGAAAUGUAAUAACACAGGUAAUUUUACAAACGGAACAGCAGAACUGCUUCACACGGAGCACAUCUGGUAUCCCAGAAUCCGAGAGAUCCAAGGUGCCAUCAUCAUGUCCUCCCUGAUCGAAGUGGUGAUCGGCCUGCUGGGGCUCCCCGGGGCCCUGCUGCGCUACAUCGGGCCCCUGACCAUCACCCCCACCGUGGCUCUCAUCGGCCUCUCGGGCUUCCAGGCCGCCGGGGAGCGGGCGGGCAAGCACUGGGGCAUCGCCAUGCUGACUAUUUUCCUAGUAUUGUUGUUUUCUCAGUAUGCCAGAAAUGUCAAAUUUCCCUUACCCAUUUACAAGUCCAAGAAAGGAUGGACAGCAUACAGGCUGCAGCUUUUCAAGAUGUUCCCUAUUAUUUUAGCUAUUUUGGUGUCAUGGUUGCUUUGCUUCAUCUUCACCGUGACAGACGUCUUUCCCCCCGACAGCUCCAAGUACGGCUUCUACGCCCGCACGGACGCCCGCCGAGGGGUGCUCCUGGUGGCCCCCUGGUUCAAGGUCCCUUACCCCUGUAAGUAUGCCUGGUUUGAGGGGCUCCUUCUCUAA